UCUCCAUCUUGAAUAUUAUGUCGCCAACCUUAACAAUAGAAGAUUUGAAUUAGUGGUAUCUCAAUACUCAAAAUUCCUACUAUGUGCUCAAGUGGGUCUAGUACCAGAUCGUCUUAGAGAUUUGAGAUUAUCCAUGCCCUAG